CAAGCCUGUUAGAUGGCCAGCACGUUGGAUUGGUUGGCUAGCCGUUCGUUUAAAGACUUGCAUUCAUUUCACAAUUCACCUCCUUCAGGAUCAAGAGCCCAUCCCCCUCCAUGCUUGUGAGUGAUUCUCCAUGAGCCAGGCCCAUCCGACCGCACCCGCCUGAAGCCGUCCAGUGUCAGUGCCCAAAGGAAGACGGCCAGUGGGUCAGCCAGGCGCUCGGAGAUCGGUGGAUUGGCGGUCAGCCCCAUCUGGAUCCAGAUUCCAGAUCCGGAUUUGAGGUGGGACUCGCCCCCCAAAUAAGAGAUCGUGGAGACGAAUUGAGUCGUCCUCAAGUGCAGAAUGUUCGGCCAGAAGUCGGCCUUUGCCUCGCCGGCCACCAACACGUUUGGUGCGCCUCAGCAAUCCACGCCAUUCGGCGCACCGGCCCCCACUAACUCGUUUGGGGCGGCGCCCAAUGUUACGCCAUUCGGAGCCACUUCUUUUGGUCAGCCCGCUCAGAACACCAUGGGUGGCUUUGGUGCGCCCAACGUGGCCGCCGGCCAGACGGGCGGUGGCCUCUUUGGCGCCGCCAGUAAUACGGGUCAGCCCACAGGGGGAGGUCUCUUUGGCUCGUCUACGGCCAAUAAUACCACGGCUUUUGGAGCGGCUCCCAACACGGGAUUCGCUGGAGCCUCAUUCGGGGCCGGAUCGGCCUUUAACAAGCCCGCUACGGGCUUCGGUGCGGGCUCGGCCUUCGGUCAAACUAAUCCCACCAAUACGGGUGGCGGUCUUUUCGGUUCGACCGCUCCCAAUACGAGCACGGGUAUGUUUGGUCAACCGGCUCAACCCACGAAUACGUUUGGCGCCACGGCCUCGCCUUUUGGCGCGGCUGGUGGAUUUGGCGCCACCAAUAUGCCCAAUGGUACCACGAUCAAGUUCAACCCCACCACUGGCACUGACACCAUGCUCAAGUCGGGCGUGACCACCAAUAUCAAUAUUCGCCAUCAGUGCAUUACCUGCAUGAAAGAAUAUGAAGCCAAGUCGAUCGAAGAGUUGCGGUUUGAUGAUUAUGCGGCUAACCGGAAAGGCGGUGGAGCCCAGACCAUGGGCGGCAUGGGACAACCCACCGGAGGGCUCUUUGGCGCCACUAACCCACAACCUGGCAUUGGGGGUGGGGGAUUUUUUGGCUCGACACCCGCUUCCACGCAAGGUGGUUCCAUGUUUGGUCAACAAGCUAAGCCCCUAUUUGGCGGUACUACGGGAUUUGGGGCCACCACCUCGGCCUCCACUGGAUUUGGUGCCACUAACACCUUCGGGGCAACGUCUGGCGGAUUGUUCGGGGCGGCUAAGCCCACCGGAUUUGGCGCACCUACCCCUCAAGCCGGAUUCGGGGGUGGUUUCGGCCAACCCACCACGACCUCGGCGUCGGGUGGGCUCUUCGGGCAGCAGCAAAAACCAGCUUUUGCUUUAGGAGGCACGCCUGCCACGAGCCAAUCCGGAGGUUUAUUCGGAUCAAGUACCGGUGGAUUUGGGCAAACCACGCAAUCGGCCUUUGGGGCCACGAACACUGGGUUUGGAGCGCCUCUUCAAGGGGGCCUGGGCAACACGGGGGGAGGUCUCUUUGGUCAACAAAACAAACCCGCUGGCUUUGGGGGAUUUGGCGGGACCACCACGAGCUCUGCCCCCGCAUUUGGAGGCGGAUUUGGUACCAACACCGCUACGCAGGCCGCUCCAUUUGGUCAAACUAAACCCGCCUUUGGCUUUGGUGCUCCGGCGGGCAAUGCCGCUCCCUCGUUUGGAUUCGGAACGAACACUCAGCAACCGCAAGCUAGUGGAGGUAUGUUUGGGCAACAGAAGCCGGCUACUCUCUCUUUUGGAGGGAGCACCACCAUGGGACAGGCGCCCUUGGGCGGAACAUCCUUUGGUGGUGGCUUUGGGGCAGCCAACAAUGCGACAGGGGGAGGAAUGUUUGGCACGGCACCUCAAAACAAACCCGGAGGCAUGUUCGGUUCCACGGGAUCCACUUUUGGCGCGCCCACAGGAGGAGCGUUUGGUUCCACUUUGGGAGCUCCAUCGGCCUUUGGCACGGGAAUGGCUCCUAGUUAUGGUGCGCCUAACCUUGGGGGAAUGAUGGGCAACACGCAGCCCCAAGCCCCCGCCUCCAAUGCUAAUGCCAUUCAACAACGAUUAAUCCAACUCGCUUCCAGCCCCUAUGGAGACAACCCUUUAUUCAAGAACCUGUUGCAAGACUCAGGCAAGCGCGAAGAGAUCCUCAAGCCCAUCAAUCCUGCUUCGCAGAAGGCCUUGGAUUCCAAUCAGUACAAGGUAUCCCCUCAUCGUAACAUCAAAGGCAAGGCCAAACCCAUCAACGGAUUAGCCAAUCGUAGUGCCAUUUUCGAUGGCUUGGAAGAUGACGACGUGAACACUAGUAGUGAAAUGUUUGUUCCCCGCUCCAGUGUAAAGAAGCUAUCUUUGAAAGCCAAGUCUCCGGCAAGCAUGCCUCAAUCCAACGGUCAGCAGAAUCAAAAAGAAGAAAAAAGCAUAAAUGACACGUCGGUGGUGAGUCCUGCGAACAAUCAAAGUGUUGAAGAAUCUCUCAACUUACCUCAAGUGAAAGCCCGAGGAGAUGGUUCCAACAAUAUGUCCAAUGUGAGUGUUAUCGACGAUUCCUUCAUGGUCCUCAAUCCGAAGAAAUCCAAAUCCAAGGUUGCGAGUGACAAGAGCGAUGAAAACAAUAGCUCGGAAUGCUCAGAGACGGGCGAAGAUGAGAGUGAGAACAAUCCUUGCGGGAUUCGAUUGGCACGUAAAGGCUAUUAUACCAUGCCCACCUUAGCCGAAAUGGGCACAAUGGUGGAUGCCAAAGGUCAAUGUCAAGUGGAAAAUUUCACGGUUGGUCGGGUCGGCUACGGCAACAUUUUCUUUCCCGGGGUGACGAAUGUGAUGGGCUUAAACUUGGACGAGAUUCUAUUCAUUCGUUACAAAGAGGUGAUCGUCUACCCGGAUGAGACCAAGAAACCCCCGCAAGGUGAGGGACUCAACAAGAAGGCACAAAUCACUCUGGAUAAAGUCUGGCCAGUGGAUAAGACUUCUCGCGAUAAUGUAACCUCGCCUCGUAAGCUAGCUGAAAUGAAUUAUGAGGAGCGUUUGCAAAAAGCCUGUCUAAAAUUGGGAGCCAGGUUCGUGGAAUAUCGACCCGAAACUGGUUCCUGGGUGUUCAAAGUGGAACACUUCUCGCGGUACGGCCUAGAUGACUCGGAUGAAGAUGAGCCAAGUAAAGAGGUGAAGAAAAUCAAAACUGGUGUGCCAGUGAAAACCAUUCUUGAGAGCAAAAAUCCACGUGGAGAUGUCCAAACCACGGCAGCCGUUGUUCACGCUGAAAAUACUACCAAUGAGGAAGGAGAGGGACCUUCGCCGGUGUCCAAUGAAGUGGCUAGAAGACAAACCCGUGAUCCAUCUGCCAAGGAUCGUUCUCUAUCGUCCGAUCACGAUCGGUCAGACCUGGGAACAUCCCGCGCCGUUUCCCCACCAGCCGAACAGCUGGCCCGCAUUCGUGCUUCAGCCCCAAAAGUGAUGAUGAUGAAGGCAGCUCUAUUCGAUGACGAUGAAGAGUUCAUGGAUUUGAGUGGUUCAAAGGCCAGUAAGGCUCGUCCUGUGAUCCUUGAAGCACGAAAAACCGUUCUAGACCAGACAGAUUCACUGGUAGAGGACAUUGCUCACUCACUUUUGAUGGGAAGUACAAGCCAAGGUGGUCCGUCGGCGGCGGCCUCACUUUUGCGCUCUCGCUUCCUGAUGGACCCCGCUCGAAACGAAUCCACCAAUUCCAUGCUCCUCUCCACGGCGUCGUACACACCGUCCAAGCGUAUCCCUACUUACACGUUGCACUCGGCAUAUGACAGUUACGUGACAUUGCCCAACUCCGGGAGUAGUGAUAAAGUCAAAAUCAUCAUUCCGAAGCAUAUUGAUCAACUUCCCAGUCUGACACGAAGCGUUCUUGCCAAUCGUUGGAAGGUGUUUGCCGAUUCUGGUCUCUUCAUGUCCCGUUCCUUUCGCGUUGGCUGGUUCACACCCUUGAGGCUGACCAACAUUGGAUAUACACCGGGAAUGCGAGGACAGACAAAGCCCAGUUUCUCUCAAGUUGGCCUGGAACACGUGAGCACUUCUUGCUUUGGAAAUGCUGACGACGUUCAAAUUCAGUCCAUCGAGGGUUGGCUGCAAUCGAACUUGGAGGUCUCCAAUCUAAGUUUUGAAAAACCCGGAGAGGAUUUUCCCAAAUUCAGUUCCAAGGACGGGGUCGAUACCUUACACAGUCACGUCAAGGAAGCGUACGAGCAAUUGUCGCGACAAAAGUCGGCUAAUGAAGCAUUUGGUCGAUCAAUGGAAGCGUACGAGCAAUUGUCGCGACAAAAGUCGGCUAAUGAAGCAUUUGGUCGAUCAAUGAAGCACUUCAAGCAGGUCUUUGAUCUCUGUGAAGUCCUUUGGGGACGAGUGACGGAGCAGCAACGCUACGAACCGGAUUCACACGAAAUCACCAUGAAACGAAGAGAAGGUCUCUCGAAAUGGCUUCACGACGCCGUGGGACAUUUGGUGAAGCGAAAUAUCGAGCGAGCCAAAGCCCGUGGAGAUCAUGUGGACGAGGUCCUGGCCUUAAUCGAAGGACAUAACGUCAACGAAGCCUGCGAAAAGGCCCAAUCCCAAGGAGAUCAUUUCUCGGCGCUCCUUAUUGCUACCACUGGCGGCAAUAACACGCUGAAUGGUCAAAUGGUUUUGCAGCAGCUCGAGAAAUGGCAGGAAAUGGAAUGUGACAAGCACUUGAAAUCCAAUCGACUUCGCCUGUACGCGAUCUUGGCCGGGAUCCCAACUUGGGCCGGAACCGACACGAACGUGAACGUGUGCCAAGAUUUGGAUUGGAAGCAAGCUCUAGCGAUGGAGUUUUGGUAUUUGACUUCGCCCGUUGCAUCGAUAGAGGACGCUCUCCUGGCCUAUGAGGACGCCUUUGGAGGCCUCCAAGACAAUUACUCACGAGAGCCAACACCAGACUACUUCAACGGCCAAAUGGACGGCAGGACCUUCGAUGUCUCCUAUCAUUUGUUGAAGCUCUACACGAACCGAUCUCAUCCAUUGGAAUCGAUUUUGACUCCGGCCACUCACACAUCGGAUUGCUUGGACUACAGACUUGCUUGGUUACUGGCCAAAGUUUUGCGAUCCGUGGGCUACAACCACUUGUCCAAAGAAAAGGAAGACGAGCUCCAUCUCAGUUUUGGUAGUCAACUGGAGGAUUUAGGGCUAUGGCAUUGGUCAGUGUUUGCCUUACUCCAUCUGGCUGAUCCCGACCAUCGGAAACAAACGAUAAUCGACACCAUUACUCGUCAUGUGAAACUAGCCAACGAAGAUAGUGAAGUGCGAGAGACGUUCCUCCACGAACGGUUAAGUGUGCCAAUCCCAUGGAUCGCCGAAGCCAAAGCCACGAAAGCGGCUUUCAUGAGAAAUCCCAAAGACCAAGCAUAUUAUUUGAUCAAAGCGAAGUUUUGGGCCGAAGCUCACCGUGUGAUUGUGACGCAAGUCGCCCCGGAGGCCAUCAUCAACGAGGAUUAUGAAUACCUCAUGCUCCUUCUUUCUCAGCUGUGCUCGGAAGACAUUUGUUCCAGCAUCGUGGACUGGAAUGUCCAGGGAAAGGUGUUCUUCGACUUCAUCUCGGUGGACUCAGACGUGAAACGUCUGGUCAACAAUCAAGAUCCCGAGACUCUGAACUACGAGAUCGAGCGGCUUCGUCCGAUCAUCGGAUCGUUGGCUAAUCGGAUAUCGUCCCUUCGGACCGAGACGGCCAAAGAGCGUUUGUGUCGAGCCGAGAUCGCUAAACGAGUGGCCCAUUUGAUGCGUGCCAUCUUUUCUUUGGACACGGCCAACAAAACCGGCGGCGAUGGCUCUUUGGGGGCCGGUCCUUCCCGUGUGUUGGCCGAACAUUUGAGUCAACUCCCACUGCCUGAAGACUACGCGCUACAAGAACUACGAACUUUGACGAGGAACUACAUGAUGGAAAUCAUAGAGUCCUAACAUAUUGUUUCCUCAGCUCCUCCUCCCCCGCCCCCCCCCUACCACCCCACACCCCACACACAAACAACAACACACACAACCUAGCGCGAUGUCAAUAGAUGCAUAAAUUUCUCCCCUCCAUGCUUUACCAGCCCCCCCCCCCCAAUGUAUUUUCACUCUUAUUCAUGUCGAUGCUUACUUCAUUCAACCUUGUGAAAUACAAUUGAAAUAUUUUUGCCAUUCACUUCGGAUAAAAAUAGUUUAUUGUUUGCAGGUUUCUGUCAUAAUUGUACAACCCAACUCAUUAUUUUCAACACGCGGAAAAUCACAUCUAGACGAAUUCAUAUGGCUUCAGGGGAUCUCAUUGGAUAGGUGGGGAUGCAUCAUCAUUGGACAAUGAAAGAUAGUAGAUUGGGAUGAAGGUGAUCUUGUAGCCUUAUGAUGAGCAUUGGAGUCUCAGAACACAUGUACAAGAACAUCGAUACUAACGUAUAUCAAAUUGCUCUCAAUCCGUUACUGAAACAAAUGGCCUCGCCAGAGAAACUCGGAUCUACCUUACAAUAUUGAACUAUGUAAUUGGGGGAAACAAAUCCUGGGCGCCUCCACAUGGACCCUAUCCUACUAAUGGCCUGUUGGUCUCAACGUACAUCAAAACGAGUGGCAAUGUGGAAGUGAUCUUUACAAGCAUCAAACUAAGAAAAUGGAGAGUAGCGUACGUACUUGCUUCUAUUAAUUGGUUUGUGAAGAGGCAAUUUUGAGUCCUGUUUUUUUUCAUGGCCAUCGAGAUAUAAGCUUAGUUGCUUUUGCUACUGUUUCUAACACUACUAUACUGCUGUUGUACGUUAUGAUAACACAGGGGAGGACAGGGGACAAAAAUUGAUCAUUGUCAGUCAUGUAACGACUCAAAACAUCAACAGAGAUUUCCUUGAUUCAGAAAAAGGGGAUGUUCGAGUAAAAGGGAUAUCUUCAAUUUCCGUCAUCACAGCGUUUGUAAUCAAUGGCCACGAUCGGGAGCACUUGGCUCUCUGCAUUAACUUUCAACUCGACAUGUAUGUGAAAAUGAGUGCAAAAACACUCGGGGCAUUCGCUCCCACACUCGCACUCACUUGUGAAUAUUGAAUAUAUGUAUGUUUAUGGUCAAACCGAAGAAUUCUUCUCAUCAUGAAAACGUUACACUAGUAGGUGAGAUUAAUGGCCAAAUCACGUGGCAAUGCUUGGGUGUCACUUUCUUUGGGCCCUUGGAAGCAAUGAGCGAGGCAAUCAAUCAGCCCAUGCCAUUGAAUUGUCACAUCAUCAGGAUUUUCGCAUUUCUGGCGUGGGAGGAGUCAGCGUGAUGGCGGUCACGGCAUCCGACAAGGCAUCCGGUUAGAGGGUGACGUGUUUCAAUUGUUUCUUCCGAUCAGGCGUGUUACCACCACUACUCGGAAGGCUUUUCAAAGUGGGUUUGAACAUUUUGGCGCUGCUCAUGAUCCCACCACCUUUGAUUCGCCUGUGUUUUUUCUCACUCUUAAAGCCCUGGAUGACCUCAAUCGGGGGCAGCGACCCCAUCAAGACCGUAUCUCAGGAAUGCAGUUUAUCGGAAUGGGCC